GCUUGAAGCAGCAUUGAUUUUGUGAUCCUCUGUAGAAAGCAUUGUCUUUUCACUCUGUUUUUCGACAUAUUCAUCGUGGUGUGGAAUAAAGCAGCAUUCUCCCACAAGCGUAUGUGUUGGAAAGAGUUUAUCUGUCUGUCUAACUUUGGGAAGAGUGACGCCAUUGUGAGGGCAGAACAGUGAAAAGACAUACUCAACAGUGAUUACAACAACAGUCAAUUAUCUUCCUUCUUCUCAAACAAUCUACAGUAAAAUGCUAUCAAAGGAAAACAUAAGCCUUGCAACCAGAUCAGUGUGUUCACAUUCACACAAUUCAUCAAGAUCAACACAUUCAAGAAGAUCAGCAGCCAGUCUUAUAGCAAUAGAGGCUCGAGCCAAAGCUGAAGCUGCCCGAGCGAGAGCAGCAUAUUCUCAAAGAGAGAUUGAAAUUAAAGUAAAGAAAGCUCAACUACAGGUAGAAGAGACACGCUUAGAGGCUACAUUAGAAGCACUCCAGCAAGAGAAAGAGGCAGAAGCUGCCUUAGCUGAAGCUACAGCAUAUGAAGCCAUUGAUGGAGCUGACAUAGAAAAGUCAUCUGAAAAUGAAUGUAAACAAAAGAGCUCAACUUUCUAUGCACUUAAGCGGACUGAUGAAUAUGUUCAGGAUCAAAAUGCUUACAAAAACAAGCAUCAUCAAGCUUCAAAACAUACACCACUACGUCAGUCGGCUGACAGAGAACAGCAAAAUGCUCUUCCAUCUCAUAGGCAGUCUAUUCAGUAUUCUCAAGAAACACCUCAGCAUGUCAAUUCAUACAGUGAGCCACUCUUUCAGUCACAGAACACACAUGACAGUAUUCGAGUACCUGAAAAAGAAGAAAAUAUUCAUUACACUCACCCAUCAAAUUACUGUAACUCAAACAGGAAUUACUCACCUGAUGUGGGAAAUGAGCCACAUGCUGCAAAACCUGAAAACUCAGAGAUAUUAAAUUUAGCCAAGUUCUUAGCACGCAGAGAUCUGCUCACUGCUGGACUCAUAAAGUUUGAUGACAAGCCAGAGAAUUACUUGGCAUGGAAAUCAACAUUCUCAAAUGCAAUAGAAGACCUGAACUUAAAACCUUCUGAAGAGCUCGACUUGCUGACUAAGUGGCUUGGUCCAGAAUCAGCCGAACACGCUCGCCGAAUAAGAUCAGUUCAUAUUAACUAUCCUGCAGUCGGGCUCAGUAGAAUUUGGGAAAGACUGGAACAGUGCUACGGCUCUGCAGAAGCUAUAGAGUCAGCACUCCUAAAUAAAGUUGACUGCUUUCCUAGAAUCUCUAAUAGGGACCCACAGUGUCUCAGGGAACUAGCAGAUUUACUGUCAGAGAUUGAAUCUGCCAAAAUGGAUGGAUACUUACCUGGUUUGUCUUACCUGGACACUGCACGAGGCAUUGCCCCUAUACUUGAGAAGCUGCCAUUUGCCCUCCAGGAGAAGUGGAUGCGACAAGGGUCUAGAUAUAAGCAAGAACACAAUGUCAGCUUUCCUCCCUUCUCAUUUUUCUCCACCUUCAUCAGAAAUGAGGCUCAUAUGAGAAAUGACCCCAGUUUUAAAUUCAAUCUGCCAAACACAAUGCAACCCACAGGACAGAAGUUUUCCUCCAGAGAAAAAAGACUACCUGUUGCUGUGCACAAGACUGAAGUAGAGCAUGGAAUUCCUACAGUAAAAUCUAAGCUGGUUGGAGAAGACUUCAGCAAACAGUGUCCAAUUCAUAAAAAACCACACCCGCUCCACAAAUGCAGAGGCUUUAGGGAAAAACCCAUAGAUGAGCGCAAAGCCUUUUUAAGGGAACACGCUAUAUGUUUCCGCUGCUGCUCUUCAACAUCUCACCAAGCCAGGAAUUGUACCUCAACCAUUCAGUGUUCAGAAUGUGACAGUGAAAGACACAUAGCAGCCCUUCAUCCUGGUCCAGCGCCCUGGUCUAAAAAUGAAACGGUCAGACCUGUGAUACACCAUGGCGGGGAGGAUGAUGAAAAAACCAUAACAACUGUCGCCACAUCCAGCUGCACAAAGGUCUGUGGUAAUGGUUUCAGAGGAAGAUCAUGCUCCAAGAUCUGCCUAGUUAAUAUAUAUUGUAAAGAUCAUCCUCAAAUAAAGUUGAAAACCUAUGCUAUUCUAGACGACCAGAGUAACAAGUCUUUAGCAAAAUCCACCUUCUUCGACAAAUUUAAUGUCAUUGACCAUGCAUCUCCUUACACACUGAAGACAUGUACAGGUACAUCAGAAAUCUUAGGACGCAGAGCAAAGGGUUUCAUUAUAGAAUCAAUCAAUGACGGUGCCAGUUUUACACUUCCCACACUUAUUGAGUGUAAUGAACUUCCCGACAACAGAGCUGAAAUCCCUACUCCUGAUGCUGCUUGGAACCAUGCUCACCUGAAAUCAGUAGCUCAUAAGAUACCUCCACUUGACCCUGACGCUGAGAUUCUUCUUCUUCUUGGAAGAGACAUCAUUGAAGUGCACAAAGUAUUGGAACAGCGCAAUGGUCCUCGACAUGCUCCUUUCGCUCAGAAGUUAGCUUUGGGAUGGGUAGUAAUAGGAGAUGUUUGUCUAGAUGGUGCCCACAAACCAUGCAAAGUUAAUACUUUCAAAACAAGCAUUUUCAUGAAUGGACGCCCAAGCCAAACGGAACCCUGUGAAAAUAAUAUACAAAUCAAAGAGAAGUUUUGCCAUUACAAUGAACAUCUGACUUCACUGGCACCAUCUUUGAAACUACAAUUUACAACAACACACACAAAGAGCAAUACAACAGAAAUCUUUCAGUCCACAAAAGAUGAUGACAAAUUAGCACCAUCAAUGGAAGAUCUCGUCUUUCUGAAGAUGACGCAAAAAGAAGUAUAUCAAGACGAAUCAAACAGCUGGGUUGCUCCACUUCCCUUUCGCGGCCCACGUCAAAGACUUCCUAAUAACAGACAACAAGCAAGUAACCGGCUCCAAUCACUCACACGUACACUGAAAAAACACCCACGCACGAAGGACCAUUUUCUGGAGUUCAUGACUAAGAUGUUUGAAAACAGGCAUGCAGAACCUGCACCACCUCUUUCCAAAAAUGAAGAGUGCUGGUACCUUCCAAUCUUUGGGGUCUAUCACCCACAAAAACCAGAUCAAAUUAGAGUUGUCUUUGAUUCCAGUGCUCAAUAUCAUGGAGUAUCUUUGAAUAGUGUACUCCUUACUGGGCCCAACAUGAAUAACAGCCUGCUUGGAGUGUUGCUGCGCUUCAGAAAAGAAAAGGUUCCCAUAACAGCCGACAUCCAGCAAAUGUUUCAUUGCUUUGUAGUCAGAGAAGACCACCGCAACUUCUUAUGUUUCCUCUGGUACCGUAAUAAUGACCUAGAAAAUGAAGUUGUGGAAUUCAGAAUGCGAGUGCAUGUCUUCGGCAACAGUCCCUCACCAGCUGUGGCUAUGUAUGGGCUCAAGAAAGCUGCCUUGGAAGGGGAGAAGGAACAUGGUUCAGAUGUAAAACAGUUCAUUGAGAGGAACUUUUAUGUCGAUGAUGCUUUGGUAUCCCUACCUACCAAACAUGAAGCCAUCACACUCCUUAGAAAUGCCCAAGCCAUUCUGGCAGCUUCAAAUCUUCGCCUACACAAGAUAGCCUCAAACAGAAUUGAAGUAAUGAGAGCAUUCCCUCUGGACGAUUUAGCAGAGAACCUAAGGGACUUAAACCUUGCUGUUGACCUUUCUCAUAUGCAGAGAAGCUUAGGGGUUGGCUGGGAUGUUUCAAAAGACAACUUCACCUUUCAGGUACCAGAUGAUGAGAAACCUUACACAAGACGUGGAAUCUUGUCUACAGUGAACAGUCUAUUUGAUCCAUUUGGAUUUGUAGCACCUGUAAUCAUUAAAGGUAGAUCUUUAAAUGGCUGCACUUGGAGUUUCAACCCACCACACUCAUCACACAUGGGAGGCAGCUGGGAACGCAUGAUAGGCAUCACCAGGCGGAUCCUUGAUGCUAUGUUAAUGAAUAUCAGUCAAGUAAAAUUUACCCACGAAGUCCUCAUCACAUUCAUGGCAGAGGUUUCAGCUAUUGUAAAUGCUCGUCCAUUAACACCAGUAUCAACGGAUCCAAACAAUCCACUCAUCCUAUCCCCAGCAACACUUCUCACACAAAAGACUGGCACACUUCCACCUCCAAAUGGCAACUUCAAUGAAAGGAACCUCUACGUUUGCCAGUGGAGACAAGUUCAAAGUUUGGCCAACACCUUUUGGCAUCGAUGGAGAAGGGAGUAUUUAAGCACUCUUCAAAAUCGGAGAAAGUGGCAAAGAGAAGAACGUAACCUUCAACCUGGAGACGUAGUCCUCCUCAAGGAAGGUCAAGUUCAAAGAAAUGACUGGCCCAUGGGCAUUAUACAAAAGAGUUUCCCAGGUAAUGAUGGAAGAGUCAGGAAGGUUGAAGUUAAGACAAUUAAAACUGGAAUACCAAAGGUCUACUUACGUCCCAUCUCCGACACAGUCCUUCUCCUGCCGUCAAAGAUGGAAUAAGAGGUGUCGUGUUCAAUGAUGACAUCCUACGGAUGCCAGGCGGGGAGUGUUCUGGAUCAUUCAUUAAUCUUUAAUAUUUGCUAUUGAUUUAAUACUAAUACAUAGUAGCUUUCUUUAAAAAAUACAGUUAAGGAUGAACAGUUAAAUUCAGUUAAUUGCAUCAAUCAAAUGUAGAACAACACAGAAGGAGCUUGAAGCAGCAUUGAUUUUGUGAUCCUCUGUAGAAAGCAUUGUCUGUAAGUUUGUGAUUCAUUUUUAUUCAGUUUGUUAAAGUUACUAUUUAUAAAGCUAAGUAAUGUGGAAUUUCAGAUAUUUUACAAAUAUAUACUAUGAAUUCAUGUUAGUGUUGUUUUUGGAGAUAACUAAGUAGUUCUAUUGUAUUUACAUCUCCUUUCUGUAGUUUCACUCUGUUUUUCGACAUAUUCAUCGUGGUGUGGAAUAAAGCAGCAUUCUCCCACAAGCGUAUGUGUUGGAAAGAGUUUAUCUGUCUGUCUAACUUUGGGAAGAGUGACGCCAUUGUGAGGGCAGAACAGU